AUGCUUGUCGAACACACGGAGUAUGCCAGGACGGCUGUCGACCGGUCAAUGACUUCACGGGAGGGAAGAGCAAAGAAUCGGUUCAACCCCGUGACGGGGGCAAGGCUUGCUGCGGGAGUGGUUGCCUUGUCUCCGGACAAGAGUCGUGUUCUUAUGGUUUCUACGUUAAAAAAAUACCCCAGCUGGGUGGUGCCGAAGGGCGGUUGGGAGACAGACGAGACUGUACAGCAAGCUGCAUUGCGUGAAGGCUGGGAGGAAGGUGGUAUUGUUGGUCACAUUACCUGUUCGUUGGGUUGUUUUAAGGACAAACGUCCAGCAGACACUUUAGACCGUAGGAAAAAGUACCUCGUACAGCAUCAACAGCUUGUCCGGGAUGGCACGCUCAAUGCGAGCGAAGCUCUUAAGCCAAUUGUACUUCCUCCCCGUGCAGAGUGCGAGUUUUUUGAAGUUGUCGUAGAACGGCUUGAAAACAAAUACCCCGAAAUGCACAAGCGCUGUCGGAGAUGGAUGACAUAUUCAGAGGCAAGGGAAGCCCUGAACGCCCGAAGCGACCUGUUAGCCGCCCUCGAGCAAAGCUCCAUCGACAAAAGCGCUUAA